AAUCCCCUAUGCGUACUGCCUCUUCCAAGAGAUCAGGUCCUUAAAGGUGUAACAGUACUCCUUCUGGCCCGCUCCUCGCCCCGACCCGGGCUCGAACCAGGGACCCUCUGCACAUAACUGACACCCUACGAAGCAUCCAUUACCUAUCGAUCCACAAAAAAGCCACAGCCCUUGCUGAGCAAGGAAAGCAACAACUUCAAGGUCUCAGAGCAAGUGACAUCACCGAUUGAAAUUGGCCAUUGAGAGGCUUUGAAGCCACCCGUCGGCCAUAUUGCCUCUGCCCAGUAGGAGCAGUCCUCCAUAGGAAUUAAUGGAAUUCUACAAUAUUUCAAUUAAGUGUUCGAAGGACAAAAUGACAUGUAUUUAAGUAUUUUUGCAGAGAUUUGUUUUGUCCCCGCGGUACAGACGGCUAUUGGUCCGCUAAUACAGGACUAGUAAAGGACCAUUAAAUUACUUAAAAAAAUAAAAUAAAAUAAAGAAAUAACCAAUUCAUCACCGCAGCUAUGUUUCUAUCCAUCGAACGUUCUAACGUUGCUAUGGGCACAGCCAAACAAUGGAAGUGAUGGAUUCCAUUUCCUCUUUACUUCCUAUGGCAAACAUGCCACAGUACAUUAUUUGAAUGAGUCAAUUUCUAAGUAAAGAAGUAUGUGUAUUAAUAUCAUUCAAGUUAGCUAACGUUACCGUCCCAAAGGUGUCCGAUGGGGUUGAGUACGGCCCCUGUACAGGCCUGUCAAGUUCUUCCACACCGAUCUCGACAAACCAUUUCUGUAUGGACCUCGCUUUGUGCACGGGGGCAUUGUCAUGCUGAAACAGGAAAGGGCCUUCCCCAAACUGUUGAAAGCACAGAAUCGUCUAGAAUGUCAUUGUAUGCUGUAAAGAUUUCCCUUCACUAGAACUAAGGGGCCUAUUCCGAACCAUGAAAAACAGCCCCAGACCUUUAUUCCUCCUCCACCAAACUUUACAGUUGGUACUAUGCAUUGGGGCAGGUAGCGUUCCCUGGCAUCAGCCAAACCCAGAUUCGUCUGUCAGAUUGCCAGAUGGUGAAGCCUGAUUCAUCACUCCAGAGGACGCGUUUCCACCGCGCCAGAGUCCAAUGGCAGCGAGCUUUAUACCACUCCAGACGAUGCUUGGCAUUGCGCAAGGUGAUCCUAGGCUUGCGUGCGGCUGCUCGGCCAUGGAAACCCAUUUUAUGAAGCUCCCGACAAACAGUUCUUGUGCUGACGUUGCUUCCAGAGGCAGUUUGGAACUCGGUAGUGAGUGUUGCAACCGAGGACAGACGAUUUUUUUUACGUAAUACGCGCUUCAGCACUCGGCGGUCCGUGAGCUUGUGUGGCCUACCACUUCGAGGCUGAGCCGUUGUUGCUCCUAGACGUUUCCACUUUACAAUAACAUCACUAACAGUUCACUUGGGCAGCUCUAGCAGGGCAGAAAUUUGACAAACUGACCUGUAGGAAAGGUGGCAACCAAUGACAGAGCUCUUCAGUAAAGGUCAUUCUACUGCCAAUGUUUGUCUAUGGAGAUUGCAUGGCGGUGUGCUCAAUGUUACACACCUGUCAGCAACGGGUGUGGCUGUAAUAGCCAAAUCUACUCAUUUGAAGGAGUGUCCACAUACUGCUGUAUAUAUAGUGUAGGUCGAGAGUUUUUUUUUUCUUCGGCUUCCCCAGUCAUUUCACCCACGCGCCGCUACUGGAUGUGACAGAGUUAAUAAACCUAAGUUUGUAGACAACAAAAAUCAUUAUACCUGGGCUAAAACACAGUGAGUACACAAUAUCAAGUGAGCAUCACAAUUAAAAUGUAAAAUGCAGUGAUGCAGGGUAAUUUGGAGAAAAACCCCUGCUCAAACGUCCUGCUUUGAACGUCCCUGUGCCUGACUAUGCAACCAUUUGGAUCCGUUUGUAUCUACAGUGCAUUCUACAACUUGAUUGGAUUCCAACAGUGGUAAAUGCAAUUGAUUGGACAUGAUGUGGAAAGGCUCACACCUGUCUAUAUAAAAAAAAAAAAGGUCCCACAGUUGACAGUGCAUGUUAGAGAGAAAAAAACAAGCCAUAGGGGUGGAAGGAAUUGGCCGUAGAGCUCCGAAACAGAAUUGUGUGAAGGCACAUAUCUGGUGAAGGGUAACAAAACAUUUCUGAAGCAUUGAAAGGCCAAGAAUACAGUGGCCUCCAUCUUUGGCCCGAAUGCCAAGCGUCACGUCUGGAGGAGACCUGGCACCAUCCCUACGAUGAAGCAUGGUGGUGGCAGCAUCAUGCUGUGGGGAUGUUUUUCAGGCUGAUAAGCUUCUGAAGGCGCUCAGGGAACAUUUCCAACAACAACAAACGCAGGAAGAUGUUGCCGUGGACCAGGGAGAUGAGACUGGUGUUGACUCACAGGAUAACACGGUUAACAGCAACUCAACUCAGGAUGAAAACAAUUCAGCACUGGUUGAUGAGAUGUCGCCAAAACCUUCAGCUCAGGAGUUUGUGACCAAACGUCGUGGUAGACGGCAACCGAAAAUGAGGAAGGAGCCUGAAGAUGAGGAGGCAGAGCGUGAACCUGCCAAAGCGCCACUCACCCCAGCUGAGGUUGUUAACAAGGUGACUGAAUCCAUCAUCGCCAAAGGGAGUGGCAAGAGAAGGAGAGUGUCUGCUGCUAAGGAUUCUGGGGUGGCUGUGCCUGAACACAAAGUUGCAGCAGUGAUGUUUGGAGUGGGACAGAAAGUGGCGAAACCCGUAGGAAGGAUCCCUCGCCACGAGGGUCUCCUGAAGAGGACGAUGUUAAAGCCUACUACACCGAACUUCAGGAAGCUCCACGAGGCGCAUUUCAAAAAGAUGGAGUCGAUUGAUUCGUACGUGGAAAGGAAGACCAAGAAAAUGGAUUCGUUCAGAAAUUCAGUGAAUGAAUUGAAGGUUCUUUCAGAUAAGACUCUUUUGACACCAACUGAAGGAAAAACUCAAACAAGCUUAACCUCGAGCCGCGCCUCCCUGUUCAGCCCUGCAUCCCAGAAACCAGCUACAGACAGACGCAGAGUCUCAGCCAGAAAACCCGCCCAGAAGGACACGGUUGUCCCGUUCAGACCCACAGUCCUGUCCACACGCCGGAUCAACGUUCGGUUCUCUCAAGCUACUCAGGAUAAUGAGCACAAGAAAACCAUGGUGAAGACGCCAGCACGCAUGGCACCCCGCAUGGACCUCCUCACUCCUGGGAAAGAGACUACAUUUGGAGGGAAACCUGAAGUCAACAAGACCUUUGUUCUCUCCAAUGCUAAGACACCAGCAUUUGUGUUUACUGCAAACACCAGUGUUCUUUCUAACUGUCCUGAAACCAACAAGAAGGCCAACUUUGAUCUGAAGGCCAGUCUCUCUAAGACUCUCACCUAUAAGCCUCAUAAGGGAAAGCUGAAGCCAUUCAUGGUGGCCAAAGAGAACACAGUGGACCAGUCUCAGACCGUUCCCACACACCAGAAGAACUACAAACAGCAUCCGGUUCAGGCAAGGGAGGAAAGGAGGACAAAACAUACUGAAGUCAGGAAGCAGAAGAAAGAGAAGAUGCUUGGAGCCAGACGAGGCCUCGUCAUCACCUGAUUUAUUCUAUACUUACUUUUGCUCUUGUGAAGUUUAUUUUCUUGUCAUUUCAGACCUGCUGAUUUGAUGCCUGUCUCACUUUACCCUUUUUCUCUACUUUGACUGUCAGUUCCAACCGAGUUUUUUUGAUUGUUCGUUUUUUAGAUUCACUUAUAACAACGUUUAAUAAGUGUUUUUUUAUUAACUUUAGUAUGGUACAAAUAAUGUUUUUCAUAUUUUGUAUACCUGUGUCGUUUUUGUAGACAUUUACAUUACAUUUUAGUCAUUCACGCUUCGAACACAACGACCGUGUCCUUGGCUUACUAGCCCCCUUAAGCAAAAUGGUACGCAGCAUCAUCUGGUUAUGUAUGUAACAAAAGGUCAACAUUCUCCUUCUGCUACUAUUUCUGUCGACAACAUACAGUUUGAAAAAUACAACGUACACACCACACCGCAACGCUGCAAGGCAAACGCAGUGUUUUCAUUGGAAAUUAAUGUAAUUCUUGUGUACCAAAAUGCAAUGCCUGCUGUUGGUGCAUAUGCAGAUGGUCUUAUCCGGAGCGACUUUUCCGGGGGCGAUUUUAUUUUUUUUUUUUUAUUUUUUUUUUUUGGUAUGUUAUUUCCCCCCCCCAUCUCCGUGCUGACUC